CAUAGCUCCAGGAAGAGCUUCUUCUCUUCGCUGGUUCUCAGUUCCAAGAGCGGCCAUUGCCAUGCUUCGAAGCUCGCUCUCGAGCUGCCUUCGCCGCAGCGUUGUUCCCAUUCUCUUUGCCACCUCUGUUCGAUCUCAGAGAUUUUGUUCAUCUUCCUCUCAAACCCGAAUCCCUCCUCCUCUUCCUCGAGAAGGAGCCGAAGAGAAUCACUAUGAUUCCCGGCCGACGGCCUCCAUCUCCAUCGAUCGCUCUGGGUUGUAUAAUCCUCCAGAGCAUUCGCAUGAGCCUUCUUCGGAUUCCGAGCUCGUCAAGCAUCUCAAGAGUAUCAUCAAGUUCCGUGGAGGUCCCAUUACGGUAGCGGAGUAUAUGGAGGAGGUUCUGACUAAUCCUACUUCGGGGUUUUACAUGAAUCGGGAUGUGUUCGGGGCUGGAGGUGAUUUUAUUACUUCUCCUGAAGUGAGCCAGAUGUUUGGAGAGAUGAUUGGUGUUUGGGCAAUGUGCCUCUGGGAGCAGAUGGGUCAACCAGACAGGGUGAAUCUCAUUGAAUUUGGUCCAGGACGUGGCACCCUUAUGGUUGAUCUUCUCCGUGGCGCAUCUAAGUUUGUAGACUUUACUAAAUCUCUCCACAUUCACAUGGUAGAAUGCAGCCCCACCUUGCGCAAGGUUCAAUAUGAUAAUUUGAAAUGCACAGAUGAAGCCGUAAACGAAGAAGACCAUACUAAAAGUACUAUUAGUAUGUUGUCAGGGGCCCCUAUUUCUUGGCAUUCCACAUUGGAGGAAGUUCCAUCUGGAUCUCCUACUAUAAUCAUUGCACAUGAAUUCUAUGAUGCUUUGCCAGUCCAUCAAUUUCAGAAAGCUCCACGUGGAUGGUGUGAAAAAAUGGUAGAUGUGGAAGAGAAUUCAUCAAGGUUUCGCUUUGUUUUAUCUCCACAACCUACUUCAGCAACACUGCUAUAUCUGAUGAAACGUUGUAAAUGGGCCGGUGCCCAAGAAAUAGCAAAAUUGGAACAUAUAGAAAUAUGCCCCAAAGCAAUGGACCUAACUCAUCAAAUUGCAAAGAGGGUAAGUUCAGAUGGUGGUGGUGCUCUUAUAAUUGACUACGGUGAGAACAAGAUCAUUUCAGACAGUCUCCAGGCAAUUCGGAAGCACAAGUUUGUGCACAUACUGGAUGAUCCAGGAACAGCUGAUCUGAGUGCAUAUGUUGAUUUUGCUUCCGUAAGGCAUUCUGCAGAAGAGGCAUCAGAAGAUAUAUCCGUGUAUGGUCCAAUGACUCAAUCACAGUUCUUGGGUUCGCUCGGUAUAAAUUUCCGUGUAGAAGCCCUACUGCAAAAUUGCACUGAAGAACAAGCCGAGUCUUUAAGGACAGGCUAUUGGCGGUUGGUUGGCGACGGCGAAGCACCAUUUUGGGAGGGGCCUGAUGAACAAACACCGAUCGGGAUGGGAUCGCGGUAUUUAGCAAUGGCUAUUGUAAACAAGAAGCAAGGAGCUCCAAUUCCAUUUCAAUAGAAGUAAACAAACUGACAAUUUUGGAUCGCUCAGCCACUUUGUCUGCAUUUCAAGAUGUUGUACUUUAAACAAGAAGAUUAAUUAUUGGUUUUUGUUUUUAUUUUCUUGAUUUUAUCAAAGAAAUAUAAAAGAAAAUUCUAUUUCUGCA